AUGGCGGGAGGACAUGACUCCUUCAUUCUGAGUAGCAAUAGUGACUGUUCUUCCAGCAUCGUUGUGUCUGGGGACCUUGCGGCUGAUUCAGGUGAAUACGUUCGCAAAGACAGUCUGACAUCCAAAUAUGGCAUUUUGAACGAUACAGACCUUCUCGUAUCAGACGAUGGCAAACACAAUAACACUGGAGAUAUUCAACGCCACGAAAGGGCUACUCAAAUUCAACACGCACCAUUGUUGGGCGUGGACGUCAUCUUGCAGAACGAUCAACACCUUCUCCCACAGUAUGGGCUUAUGGGUUUAUACGGCGAAGCGAAGGAUAUCAGAUCUAAGCUUUUUAUGAAUACCAAUGUUCCGUUUUCUGUGUUCCUUUGCGGAGUUCAAGGAAGCGGCAAGUCCCACACGACAUCCUGCAUCAUUGAGAAUUCUUUGAUACCCUCUAAACAUCUCGGGAGGCUCCAAAAUCCACUAUCUGCGCUAGUUUUCAGCUAUGGUCACUUUAGUGGUGAUGGUAUUGGGUUUAGCAUCAGCGAAGCCGCAUUCUUGGCUUCUAGCGGAGCCAAAGUACCGGGUGCAGCCCAUGUCAAAAAGGUGCAUGUAUUGGUCUCACCUUCAAACUAUGCGCGAAUAUCCAAGCUAUACCUACAGCUUCCUGACGUUUCGGUCACACCGUUUAAGAUAAAACCUCGGAACCUCAACAUCACUACAAUCCUUACGUUGAUGAACGUCAACGAGUCGGAAGAAACACCACUCUACAUGGCACAAGUCACGCAAAUACUUCGGGAGAUGUCGACAACAGGAGGACCAUUCGACUACAAGGCGUUUAAGCUGCAUCUAAAGAAGCAGAAAUUCAACCCUGCACAAGCCAACAUGCUCCAGAUGCGUCUUAGCUUACUCGAGUCAUUUCUGGACAUGACAGAUACUUCACCCGAGAUGGCGUUCCUGCCUGGUGAAAUAACAAUCAUGGACAUGUCUUGUCCCUUUGUUGAUGCCAACACAGCAUGUGUUCUCUUUGAGAUUGGGCUUCAGCAAUACCUGCAUUCUCAAAGUACCGGUAAGAUGAUCGUCUUAGACGAAGCACACAAGUACAUGCUUAAGAUACCGGGAGCGAAGUCGCUGAACGAGGCACUUCUCCAGACCAUCCGCCUACAGCGGCACCACGGCGCUAGGGUUAUCGUCUCAACACAAGAACCUACCCUUUUGAAUGACCUGAUCGCUCUUUGCUCCGUUACGGUAAUUCAUCGCUUCUCAAGUCCAGAGUGGUUCUCGGCUAUCAGACGCCAUGUCCCCAUCACAGAUGAGAACCGCGAUGAUCUCAUGCGAAGAAUCGAGAGCCUGAAGACGGGCCAGGCGAUUGUAUACUCACCUAACACAAUUCUCGGUUCUGAUGACUACGGCAAUUUAAUCAUGGGUACAAGUGGGAUGAUUGAUGUUCGAAUCAGGAGGAGACUUACAAGCGAUGGAGGACAAUCUGUACUAGCAGUGUAG